AUGGCCGAGGUCAAACUUGGUCCAACGGGCACUAUGUCGUUGCGUGUGUCCGUAUCGAUGAUAUUACUGGUCUUUAUUGCUCUCUACUUGCGAAUAUGGGCGAGGGGUAGAGUUCACAAAGGCAUUCUACCCGAGGACAUGCUCAUUCUACUGGCUGCCGCACUGUUCUACGCCAACCAGGGAGUAUUUCUCUACGGACCUGGAUCAUCCGGCGGGUCUGAUUUCUACGUGAUGACGAAACACCAAAUGAACCGGUUUCUGAAGACCCAUGGUGCCAACAGUGGAACGGGUAGAACAACUUGA